AGUAGUCCGUGUUGUAAAAUAUCUGUGUACAGUGUACGUUAGUAUACGCUGUGUCGCGUCACUAACAAUCCAUAAAGAGCCACACCCCUACUAGAAGUAAAAACUAAAAAGCAAUAUGUCACCUAUCCUUGUCACACAAACAAGUGUUCACUUCGAAAAUCAGUAGGUACUUCAAAGAAAAAAAUAUUUAUUUCGUGAUUAUAAUACUUAAAAUUUGACAAUUGAACUUGUUAUUCUAAGUGCUGAAUGACAUAAUCUACAAAUAACAAAAUUCAAUACAAAAUUAAGUGAUUGAUGUAAAGUUUAUUACAAGAAAUUUAUCUUUGACUAUUUUCGGUUAACUAUUUUCAAGACGUAUGCGUCGUUAUUUUUAUUGUUUUGGAACACAUUCCUGUCAAUAUUCUUAAAUCAACAAAUACUGCGCAAUAUAUUUUUGUCAUAAUAUGUUAUCAUCCUUGUACGGUUCCCGCGAAGCUCAUAAACAGGAAGACAAUGAAGAAUAGGAGUUUGGCCGGUAAUUGUGGCAUUGGUGUGUUUGUUAUUGCCCUUGUCACUGUGGCAUUGGCAUUUGGCACACCAAGUUGGUUAGUGAGCGACUCCAGAAUAAGAAGUGCCAGACUUGACAGGUUGGGACUAUGGAACUAUUGCUUCAGAUCACUGCCAGACCCUCUAGAUCAAUAUCAGAGACGCUUUUUUGUCGGAUGUCGUUGGGUUUAUGAUCCUUUUACAACAGGCUAUGAUAAGAUUCGGGGAUAUUUGUUGCCAGGUUUUAUGAUAGCAACGCAAUUCUUCUUUACAUUAUGCCUUAUAGGCGUAAUAGUAUCAACGAUUUUGGUCUUAAUUUUCUUUCUCUGUUGCGGCCCAGAUCAAAGUAGAUUUGUGAUUUUAAUACGAAGUAUUGGAUACAUCAUGCUGGGUGCUGGUAUUUGUGGCGUCAUAGCGGUUAUAAUAUUCGCGUGUUUGGGAAAUACAGAUGGUUGGAUGCCAGACCAUCCAAAUAACUAUUUAGGUUGGUCGUUUGGAUUAGGUGUUGUGGGGGCGGUGGCCUGCAUUGUAACGUCCGCUCUUUUCUUAACCGAAGCCAAUAUUCAAUACAAGAAACGCAACAAGCUAAAAGAGUCACAAUCACGCUUUGAAAUGGAGUAUGAAUCAAAAGCAUAAUUAAGCAUGCGGUGUAAGUUGUAUAGUCAUGUCGAUUGUGACUGAAAAACCAACGAAUACACAUUUAUAAUUAAAUAGUCUCUGACAUAAGGAACUGCAAAAGUCUGUAUAACUCUCCAUGGCAGCCUAUGUAAUGUUAUAAAUGUAACAUUGUUAACAUAGUUUUAGUUGAGAUGUUUAGAAAUGUUUGGCAGUUUAUACAUUCAUAUUCUAGGUUUAAAUAAGUGACACCGCGAGAGCGAGAAAGGUCUAUAUGCCUGUAGUUGCAUGUCUUUGGAUUUCGACGAUAGUAGCUUUGUUCUGCGCAAGCGGAAAAAUUAUUAUAAUUUUGAAAUAUUUACGAAAUAACAUCAUAAGAUUAGAAGAAGCGGCGAUAGCCUAGUUGGGUGUGGAAGGGACUGCCAAGACGAAUGUCCGCAGGUUCAAAUCCCAAGGGCACUCACCUCUGACUUUUCUAAAAUCAUGUGUGAAUUCUUUGUAAAUUUAUCGUUCGCUUUAACGGUGAAGGAAAACAUCGUGAGGAAACCUGCACAUCUGAGAAGUUCCCUAUAGGAAUUUCGAAGGUGUGUGAAGUCUACCAAUCCGCACUAGGCCAGCGUGGUGGACUAAGGCCUAAUCCCUCUCAGUAGUAGAGGAGGCCCGUGCUCAGCAGUGGGCAAGUAUAUAAUACAGGGCUGAUAUUAUUAUUAUUAUUAUAUCAUAAGAUUUUAUGUAACAGUUUAACAUUUAGCAAUAACAUUUAAAUUAAUGAAAUAGUUAACUGGACCUACUUAAAUGACCGCAUACAUAAAUGAGCUCAGAAAAUAUAAUACUAUCUAAUUGACAGCAAAUCGAAUAUAGUUCGGCUACUACUAAAAAAUGCAAAAAUACAAACACCUUCUCGAUAAAUGUAUUACACGUUAUUAUUUUUAUUUCAACUUCGCAUGUUGAUCAUUCUUGCACUCGCGGCCUAAAGUGUAAUUUACUUUCAAUUUAUGACCAAAUAUUUAUUACAUUAUAAAAGUGGCAUUUAUAACAAUGAAUGUCAUGUGUUCUAUACGAGCUGUACCAUAAGUGCCUAAAUAAUGUAACAAAUAAAAAAAAAGUAUCAUAAACCUUAAACUUAGGUAUUAUAUUAUAAUUGAAUGAUAUUGUGCCAGAUGACUAAUAUUUAUUUAGGGACUUGUUACACUACCUCCACACUUUUUUGACGAAUAUUCACGCGCGAAUUAUACACAAUUUAAUUUUAACAUGAUAGUUAUCUAUCUACUUUUUAUUAGUUUUAAGUAUCCUUUUUUGCAUUCCAUGAUCUAUUGUAUCUAUGAUACUAACUACGAUUUAUUUUGAUCUGAUUUUAUUUCAUUAGUAAUGUAUUAUAAUGUUUUGAGGUCUUAUAAGUGCACAAUUUUUAAUAAUGUAUUGUUUAUAAAAACAUUAAGAACCUAUAAAAAUCUUAAUAAACACGCCUUAUUUAUAUGCUAACGAAUGAAUUAUUCCGUACCUAAUUUCAAUCCGUCCAUUUUUAAGUUGUAGUACGUAAGUUUUUUUACUAUUGUGUAAUGAUACUGCCUUACCAAUAAAAUUAUACUAAAGUU